AUGGUCACAGAAAACGUAAACUCUCGAUAUCCGCCUCCGGCUGAGUUCGAAUUGCCCGGCCGGCGCAGAGCUCCUCUCCCACCCCGAUUGGACUCUUUGACUAUUGAUCCACGCGCUGCGCGAACUGCGAAGCCCGCCCCGAGAUCCUCUCCUCACCGGCCACACCCCGCCCCUCGUCAACGAUCGCGUUCUCCUCUUCCGCGAACCGCACCACACAAUGAACCUCCGUGGCCGUCACCCCAACCUUACCAGACCUAUCAAGCCUACCCAGGCCCCUCGCAGGGCCUGAGGGGCGAAUGGCAGACCCCGAGAUCCAAUCCUCGUCCUCGUCUUUACGCUGCGUCCCCCGAACCUCAUUCUCGCCCAUGGCCGCGGGACCACGAGGCCGAACGGCCGAAUCAUCGCAAAGCUCCGCCCGCGCGAGGAGGACUCCGCAUAUCCAUGUCGACAUCACGCCUCCAUACCAGACGCCCAAGAACACAGGAAUCCAUGGAGCACCAUCCGCAGGAGCUGAGUCCUCAAGGACUGCCUCUACCGCGCUUUCCGAACAAUGGACCCGCCGAUGAAAACGCGCCUCGAUCAAGCGUGAAUUCGUCCGAAACUUGGCGUUCUAGCAUCGAACAAACAAGCGGAACUGAGAGAAGCAGUGUCUUGACCAAAAGCAGCUCUAUAACUGACUUAUCACCUGACACCCCAGACGCGCCGUAUGCAAUGGAUACUGGAAUGAGCGUGGAUGAUGCGAUAUCAAUGUACCUUGACGGUUUCAGUGAUGUGACCGAAGAGCCUGGCUCGCCAAAAUCUCAUGCCGAGAGCAAAGCGCCGUCAAUCACGCCUCCUCCAUCACGCGACACACAUCUGGAAGAGCUACACCCAACUUUUACAUCUAUAAGCGAUGUUCCGCCGAUGCCUUCUUUACAAGAUUCAUAUACGUCGCAAAAUACAUCUCCCGCAUCUACGCUACAAAAUUCGACAUUUGUACCAAGCUUCACGUGUUCUGAACCAGCAUCUUCAAAACCAAUACUUCCCGAAUCUCCACCCGAAUUUGCGCCUCUGGAACCCACCUUACCAGAAUAUCCACCAGAACCCGAACCUUCCGACCCUGUCGCGCCGGACUCUCCGCCACCCGAAGCCACUCCAGAUUCUCCGAUAGUCGAUGUUCCUGAAGUGCAAACCCCACGCCAACGCCAGCCCUCGAAGGUAUUCAUUCCUGGAUUGGUGCCACCACAGCUCCUUUCUGGUAAGGGUGCUCGAGAUGAUUACGGAUUCCGCAAGUCCACACAAUACGUGACGCUGGACGAGUAUGAAGCAUGGAAAGGACCUUAUUCCGAUCAUGUGGCGCAGCGGAGGUUCAAAUGGUGCGAAUUGCUCAAGGAACAUGGUCUUCCUACAACCGGGGCGACGAAAUUUCCUCCACAAUCCUCAAAAGUCAAGCGAUUUGUGCGCAAAGGCAUUCCACCCGAAUUCCGAGGUGCUGCUUGGUUCUAUUAUGCCGGCGGGUACGAGCAUUUGAACCGCAACCUUGGUCACUACGACAGGCUUGUUGAGCAGGCCAUGAGCUCAGCGAGCAAUGACGACAAAGAGCACAUUGAGCGUGAUCUUCACCGCACGUUCCCCGACAACAUUCACUUCAAACCAGAGGCCCCCGCGGCAACCGAACACUCUGGAAGCAGCAAUCCAGCCUAUUCCAAUGUUGUAACUGAGACGCAGAUGAUCCAGUCUCUUCGUCGAGUUUUGUAUGCCUAUGCCCUACAUAACCCGAAGAUCGGAUACACACAGUCUUUGAAUUUCAUCACGGGCAUGCUCCUCCUUUUCCUACCCGAAGAAAAGGCAUUCUGGAUGCUUCACAUUAUUGCCGCAGAUUACCUGCCUGGAACUCAUGAGAUCAGUCUGGAGGGUGCAAACAUUGACCUCUGGAUCCUCAUGGUUCUGUUGCGGGAUUCCAUGCCGGGCAUUUAUUCCAAGAUCGCCGCCAUGGGAGGGACCCCGUCUGGACGGGGUAAAAUGCCUCCCCUUACCGUGAACUCUCGCUUGCCCGAUAUCACACUGGGGUUGACCAACUGGCUCAUGUCUGUCUUCAUCGGCACCUUGCCGCUUGAAACCACUUUGCGCGUGUGGGACGUGUUUUUCUAUGAAGGAUCCAAGAGCUUCUUCCGGGUGUCUUUAGCCAUUUUCAAGGCCUGCGAGCGCGAUAUUCUCGGCGUCACAGACCCCAUGGAAGCAUUUCAGAUCGUUCAGACAGUCCCCAAAAAGCUUCUCGAUGCCAACUCACUGAUCGAUGAGUGCUUUGUGCGACGACAUCGCGUCGGACAAGGACGCAUCGAGGAGCUCCGAGGCUUGCGCCGGGUCGCCGUUCGAGAAGAAAAGCUACGGCGAUCGGUUGCCUUUGGUAAAGGUCAGCUUCAUUCGGGGACAGACGACUUCACUGGUCGUGCGCGCACACCGAUACCAGGCAUUGAGCACCGGGUCGCUGGAUCCUGGCGUCACUUGAAAUCGCAUGCAUUCCGCUGA